AUAGUGGAAGGCCCAAGCAAACAUUGGGAGGAGGUUGCACCACAUCCAUCCAUUCCUCUCAUCAAUCAUUGAAUAGGAUAAGACAACGAAUAUAAGAAACUUAAAUUAGGGUAUGCUUUGUGAGUUGAGAUGAUGGGUACAUAUACUAUUGCUACUCCUGCUCAUAAGUGACAUUUUUUUUAAUAUUUCUUUUUUUUUUCGAAAUAUCCAUUUUAGCUCGGAGAAAGAAAGAAAGAAAGAAGAACCAGAUUGUUAAUGAGUUAUAUAAAUGGUGGAUUGUGGAAUACGAUAAGGUAAGCUCCUCCUUGAGGCAUCAUGAAAUGGAUGAAUUUGUUUGUUUAAGAAAAGAAAAAAAGAGAAGAAGCUGGAAGCGCAUUGAAUUUUGGCAGAUUUGUGGCGUUCUAAACUUUUUCAGACAAUUUGCAUCACUUUACUUUACCAACCUUGUCCAACCCCAUUCCUCAUUUUUAUUUCCUCCACCAUCACCCACUACACCUCCUUUUCUCAACGAUCUUCCUUUUCUUCAACUGAAAACUAAAUCCCGAUCAACAAGCGCCCGCCCCCUCUUCACUCCUUCAUCACCAUGAAGAAAAUCAAAUCAGUUUCACAGGAACAGCAAUCCCCACCACCCUCCUCCUCUGCCUUUGCGAAUUUAGACGACAAUCUCUUGUUCGAGGUGUUUAAGCACGUCGACGCAAGGACACUCGCCACGGCCUCCGGCGUCAGCAAGCAGUGGUACAAAACCGCCCACGACGAGUGGCUCUGGGAGCUGCUCUGCACCAAACACUGGGCUAACAUCGGCUGUGCUAACCCACAGCUACGCUCCGUCGUGCUUGCGCUUGGUGGCUUCCGCCGAUUGCACUCUCUUUACCCAUUUCCCCCUAUCAUAGGAUCCGCAUCCUGUAUUGCCUGGGGCAAAGGCGAGGUUCAUCUCUCCCUCUCUCUUCUCUCAAUUCGGUACUACGAGAAGAUGAAGUUCAAAAACAGACCCACUUCUUGAAUUCUCAAGCUCUUUUGGAUUUUAGAUUGUUGUAAAAAGACAAAAAUUUGGGUGUUCCAAUUCCCCUCUCCUCCACCGACUGUAUCGGUUUGUUUUAAAUUCAGAGAUUGUUUGGAUUUGGGUGUUCUAAUUUAACUAACUUACAGAUUUUUCUUCUGUCAA